AUGAUGCACAACAAGUCAGAUUCCGAUGUCACCAGCUUGGCCCCAUCUUCCCCUUCCCGGUCUCCUAAGAGGCCGGCCUACUACGUGCAGAGCCCUUCCAGAGAUUCCCACGAUGGAGACAAAUCAUCGUCCAUGCAUGCUACUCCUGUGUACAACAGCCCGAUGGAGUCACCGUCACACCCUUCCUACGGGCGGCACUCCCGGGCCUCUUCGGCGAGCCGAUUCUCCGGGGCUUUUCGUUCAUCAUCAGGGCGGAAGGCAAACCGGAAGAGGAACGACAAGGGCUGGCCUGAGUGCAACGUGAUUCAAGAAGAAGGCGCUUAUGACGAUCUCGACGACGACAAGGGGCUCUCCCGCCGUUGCCAGAUUAUACUCGCGUUCAUAAGCUUUGUCCUGCUUUUUACCGUCUUCUGCCUGAUCAUCUGGGGAGCGAGCCGGCCGUACAAAGCAGAUGUCAUCGUGAAGGUACUGUUUAUGUUGCCACCUAUAACUGUGAUUUAACUCGACAUCGAUGAGUUUUCGUGCUAAAAACCUGUCGUCUUCUAUGGUUUCAAUGGAGAUGACUACCUCUGAUCUCUGCUUAGAGGCCUUUCGAGAAUGGUGAACUUCAGUAAUAGGCUUCCUUGCAUGUCAUCGGCCCACCUGAGUCUAGCAAAGAAGUCAGGGGAAAUUUUCGAAAUUUUCUAGCCUUCUUGUUCCUUGACCUGCUGACUUUGUGUUUCAUACGUAUAUAUAUAUUUUUUUUUUCUUGAAAAUUUUCUAGGUGGUUCAGCUUGGCAGUCGCUUCAAAAACACUUCCUAUCAUUUUUAUAUCUGUAGCCCAUCUCUUAUUCCCUCAUUAAAUAUAGUUGAUUGGAUGAUGAAGAUAGCUCCAAAAAAAUAUAGACGUAAUUGUGUAUCUCUGCCUUGUUUUCAACUUUCAUCAUAGAUAAAUGGGCUGAUUUUAUUGUUUGAUGCCAUAUUCAAUCCGUCUCUUCAAUCUUCCGGUAAAUGCAUUGGGUUUAUCCCUCAACGUAUCCCAUUUAUAUCAUCGAUAACAAAUGCGAUGCGUUUUCCUUUAUUAGUGAUAUAUUUUAAAGAAAAAAGAUAUAAUGCUAGAGUUUGUGACCCAUCUGGUUCUCUGUUUAUCUUGCUCAUCAAUCUUACUGGGUGGUUAAUGAUGAACUGGUUCCCUGAUCAUCUCCCCACUGUUCUGCAGAGCAUCGCUGUCGAUGACUUGUACGCUGGGGAGGGUUCUGAUUCCACCGGUGUCCCUACCAAGAUGAUCACUGUAAAUUGCUCUCUGAAGAUUAAUGUGUACAACCCUGCUCCAACCUUCGGCAUUCACGUCACUUCAUCGUCCAUCAAUCUCAUCUACUCCCAGAUCGCAGUUGCCUCCGGACAGGUAAGUUCGCGGCUCCUAUCCCUCUCUAUACACCCAGAACGAGAAAACAACCCACUUGAUUAUUUUCAUAAAACCAUGGAACACAUAUUAUAGAACUUCAUGGGAAUCAGGGUUUCUCUGCUGCCCGUGAAUUCUUUCUGUGUCGGUAGAUACCAAUGCCGCCUUGGAUUGAUUGCAGCUCAAGAAGUACUACCAGCCCAGGAAGAGCCACAGGACGAUCUCUGUGAUCCUCCAAGGAGAGAAGGUUCCUCUCUACGGCGCGGGAGCUGGUUUGAUCUUAUCCAGCACCAGCCCCAGGGUUCCCCUGACGCUGGACUUCGAGAUCCGCUCCCGGGGUUACGUCGUGGGGAAGCUGGUGAGAGUCACCCACCGGCGGCGCAUCUCCUGCCGGUUCACCGCUGACUCCAGCAAGACCAAGCCGGUCAUCUUCGCCAAGAACGCAUGCACCUACAGUUGA